UGGCUGCGGGCGCACAUACGCUAAAUAUACAAAUUCCAGUGAAAGAAAGUGCUGCCACUUGUGUAUUUCUCACUUAUCACAAUAUGUAGAUUUCACAUAUCAGGUGGCAACAAAGCAGUUUGCGCAAAAAAUCAAUAUUGUGCGAAAAUUAGUGAAAAUGACAACAGUUCUUAGAGGUUUUCAUGGAAAUUGUGCUUUAUUAGUAAUUUUAUUGAUAAUUUUUCUCCAGAAUGCAUCCACACUUCAUAGAACUCUGCGGCAUUAUGAGAUACUUCGCAGCGAAGAUUGUAGACACAAAAUCGUUAAGCGCGGAAUUAAACAGAGUUCACACCCCUAUAACGUGAUCAAAGAGGUAGAAUUCAAGACGUUAGGCAAAAAUUUUCGAUUAAUAUUGCACCCGCAUCGGGAGGUCUUGCACAGUAAUUUCAAAGCGUAUACUGUAGAUGGCGAUGGAAACGAGACAGUGGUGCAUCUAGAUCAUGAUAGUUUUUACACCGGACGCGUAUUCGGUGAAAUGGAAUCGUCUGUUCGGGCGCAUAUUGACGAUGGUUUGAUGACCAUGUCCAUAAAUCUACCGGACGAAACAUAUCACGUAGAGCCAUCUUGGCGUCACUUGCCAUUGUCUGCGAGGAAAACCAUGGUAGCCUACAGAACAUCUGAUGUGAAGUUUAAUUGGAAUAAGAAUGGGAAUGGCCAGGGUGGGGCACCUAUGACAUGCGGUUAUGUCAAAGAAGGAUUAGAAUUAGAAACCGAUGACGAAGAAGAUGAAAAUGACGAAAACACACGGACGAUACAUAAGGAGAACGGAGGGCGCAAUGCGCGUAAACGUAAAAAACGGCAAGCGGAUCAGUAUGAAUACACGCCCACAAAAACUCGCUGCCCCCUGUUGCUGGUGGCCGAUUACCGUUUCUUUCAAGAAAUGGGUGGUGGGAACACAAAAACAACAAUAAAUUACUUGAUAAGUCUGAUUGAUCGUGUGCAUAAAAUAUAUAACGACACUGUGUGGCAAGAUCGAACAGAUCAGGAAGGUUUUAAAGGCAUGGGUUUCGUGAUAAAGAAAAUCGUAGUGCACUCGGAACCAACACGGCUGCGUGGCGGAGAAGCUCAUUACAAUAUGAUUCGCGAAAAAUGGGAUGUACGCAAUUUAUUAGAGGUGUUUUCGCGGGAGUAUAGUCAUAAAGAUUUUUGCUUAGCACAUCUCUUUACUGAUCUAAAAUUUGAAGGCGGUAUACUAGGUUUGGCUUAUGUGGGUUCUCCCCGUCGCAAUUCCGUUGGUGGAAUUUGUACACCAGAGUAUUUCAAAAAUGGUUACACCCUGUAUUUAAACUCUGGAUUGAGUAGUUCGCGCAAUCACUAUGGACAGCGUGUCAUUACGCGUGAAGCAGAUUUGGUGACUGCACAUGAGUUCGGUCAUAAUUGGGGUUCCGAGCACGAUCCGGACAUACCAGAAUGCUCACCCAGUGCCUCACAAGGUGGAAGUUUUCUCAUGUAUACCUAUUCUGUGAGCGGAUAUGACGUCAAUAAUAAGAAAUUCUCCCCGUGUUCUCUGCGUUCGAUACGUAAAGUGUUGCAAGCAAAAUCAGGUCGUUGCUUCUCUGAGCCCGAAGAAUCAUUUUGUGGCAAUUUGCGGGUUGAGGGUGACGAGCAAUGUGACGCCGGUCUCCUGGGUACUGAAGACAAUGAUGCGUGUUGUGAUAAGAACUGCAAAUUGCGUCGCAAUCAGGGUGCCUCGUGUAGCGAUAAAAAUUCGCCUUGCUGCCAAAGCUGCCAAUUCAUCUCGGCCGGUAUGAACUGUCGAGACGCACAGUAUGCCACCUGCGAGCAGGAGGCACGUUGCUCGGGCUCGCAUGCCGAGUGUCCAAAAUCGCCGCCAAUGCCAGACGGCACAAUAUGCCAAGAGCGUGGCCAAUGUCGAAACGGCAAGUGCAUACCGUACUGCGAGACGCAGGGUUUGCAGAGCUGUAUGUGCGACAUCAUUCAGGAUGCAUGCAAACGCUGCUGCCGCAUGAGCAUAAAUGAAACAUGCUUCCCGGUAGAGCCACCAGAUAUGUUGCCUGACGGCACUCCGUGUAUACAAGGAUUCUGCAAUAAAGGUGUAUGCGAGAAAACGAUACAAGAUGUAGUCGAACGAUUUUGGGACAUUAUCGAGGAGAUAAAUAUUAAUCGCGUUUUGCGCUUUUUAAAAGACAAUAUUGUCAUGGCCGUUGUUGUCAUCACAUCAAUAUUUUGGAUACCUGCCAGUUGUGUGAUUUCAUAUUUCGAUCGGAAAAAAAUGCGCCAUGAAAUUAAACGGUUGGAAUGGAGUCAGAAGCUCGAUCUAAUACAUCCCAGCGACCGACGACGCGUUAUACACAUCAGAGUGCCGCGUCAAAAAAUAUCUGUGACGCGCAUGUAAACUGUUCCGGCGAAUGGAGUGCAGCGGAGUGCUUUGUUAAAUGUAAGGGACUUCAUUUGAAAUUCGGCGGGCAUACGGGUACAUGCAAAUUAUCAAAAUCAUUGUAAAUAGGAUUUAGAUGAGGCGCACACAACUUUUACAAAUAUGUACGUGUAAAUAGCUUAUAGCUUUGACUGAAAGUAUUUGGACUAUUUGGUUAUUUAAUAUUUUACCCAUUAUUUUUUCCCCCCUACGAAUUCGAAAACAUAAUUUUCGCUUAUUUUGUUUAAUACGUAGCUCUCAACUGAAUUCGUUCACUUCGUUUUGUACUGCCUAAUUCAUUAUCAUUUCACACCUGUUAUCAGUGAAUCAGUAAAUUUAAAACUUUUUUGCAUUUGGUUGAUUAUACUCUAUAUUCCCUAUCUUAUAAAAAUACUACUAUCUUCAUUAACAACCCAAUCACGGUAGCCAAAUUGCCUUAACUUUUACCACCUCACCGUGAUUUCCGAAGUGAAAUUAUCAAGGUACAAAUACUUGUUUGUCAAGGCUGUAUUUAGUAUAUUGUACAUAUGUAUGUACACAACAAAUUUUAUAAAUCGUGUUCAACAAUAUUAAGAAUAUCUUUCUUUAGGAUCAAAUUGUUUUAUUUAUUCUAAAGAAUAUAUGUAUAUAUAUUUCUUUCGUGGCAUAUUCUUGUAUUUAGCUUAGUUAGGAGUUGGUAACAAAACAAAAGGAAAACGUUCUGUCUCCAACACCUUUUCAAGUAAUUAAUAGUAAUUAUCGAAUAAAUACUACAUAGCCGGUUUACGUUUCGAAAGAAAAUCUCUUAUUAAAUAGAAUUUCUAUAUUACUAUAAAAGGAAAUAAAUGCAAG